AUGGGAGUGGAUUUAAGGCAAGUGGUGGCGGGUGUGCUCACCCUCACAAUGUUCGUCAUGCUCAUACACAUGAUCAAAAGGGACCAUUUUGAUGCUGUUGAUGAUAAACUUCCUGGAACAGAGGAUGUCAGCUUCGAAAGUACAAACUUUGAGACUACUCAUGUAAGAAAGAACAUGGGGAUUUGGAAGGGAGAUGCUGAUGAGUUAAAGCCUUGUUGGGUUAAGCCAUCUGAAGACAAAGUGGAGCAGACUGAGGGAUUUGUUACCUUCUCAUUAACCAAUGGCCCGGAGUACCAUAUAUCUCAGAUAGCAGAUGCAGUGCUUGUUGCUCGUAGUCUUGGGGCGACACUUGUCAUCCCUGACAUUAGAGGAAACCAACCCGGUGAUAAGAGGAACUUUGAGGAUAUUUAUGAUGUCGAUGUGUUCAUGAAAAGCAUGGAAGGAGUGGUCAGAGUGGUAAAGGCUCUUCCUUCUCACGUAUCAACACAUAAAAUUGCUGCGGUGAAGGUCCCUAAUCGGGUUACAGAAGAGUACAUAGCUACACAUGUUGAACCUGUUUAUAGAUCAAAGGGGAGUGUAAGGCUUGCCACUUAUUUUCCUUCAAUAAACAUGAGAAAGGCAGGGAAAAAAAGUGAUGCUGAUUCGGUUGCAUGCUUAGCAAUGUAUGGAAGCUUAGAGUUGCAGCAAGAAACACAUGACCUUGUUGAUUCAAUGGUUGAAAGACUUAGGACUCUAAGCCGAAAGUCAGAUGGCCAAUUCAUAGCUGUGGAUUUGAGGGUUGAGAUGUUGGAUAAGAAGGGAUGCCAAGGAAGUGAUAGUGAUAAAGAGAAGAGCUGCUUCAAUGCACAAGAGGUUGCAGUGUUUUUGAGGAAGAUUGGUUUUGACAAGGAUACUACUAUCUAUGUGACACAAUCAAGGUGGGAUGAGAGCCUUGAUUUUCUUAAAGAUUUGUUCCCUAAAACAUAUACAAAGGAAUCUAUCAUACCUGCAGAUAAGAAGAAAAAAUUCCUAGACUCUCAAGAUUCUGAGUUGGAGAAAGUGAUUGACUUUUACAUUAGUUCUGAGAGUGAUGUUUUUGUACCAGCAAUUUCAGGUCUAUUUUAUGCAAAUGUAGCUGGUAAGAGAAUUGGCUCUGGAAAAUCCCAGAUAUUGGUUCCAGCUACUAUUCCAGAUUCAUCUGCUUCUGCCUCCAGUUUCUUGUCCCAUUAUGUCUCCAAGAAAAACCACUUUGCCUAUUCUUGUUACUGUUAG